CCCGGGUCCCCGAAGUCUCAGGUGGACCACUUUCCUGGAGAAACCCGAGACCCUGCUGUUUGUAGGAAGCCGCGGUGGUCCUGGGGCAGGGCCGGUGCUGGUCCCGGAUACUCGAGGCUGGAAACAGGCGAGGGCUGCUCACAGGGCGGGCGGGGCCCAGGCGUGGUGGGGGUGCCCGGGGUGACACUGCGGCAGCGGUGGACCACCCCCCACACCCUGGGCCCAGGCCGCCCCCCACUCUCAUUCCCCCUCUGCUUGUGUAAGGAGCUCCAUGCCGCCCCCACUGCCUGCUCUGACAAUGUGAUAAAGGGCAGAUGACUUCAUGUCCGGAGGUGCAGAGCACCGGGCCUAGGAACCCCGGUCGCGGUUCCAGGCCGGCCCAGGUGGGAACGGACCGGGGCCCUGACGUCACUUCCGCCUCCGGGCGCGGGCUCUGCGAAUGGAGGCGGCACGGAAGCCACGGCUCAGCCUGAGCCGUCGGAAGCCGCCUCUGUGGGACGGGCCCCCAGCCGCUGGCUCCCGCGGCCUGCAGUCCCCUGGGGACUGUGCGCCUUGGGCGGAGGUGCUGCGCGCUGGCAGCGCUGACCUGAGCGCCGACGGCCGGCUGCCCCCGCUGCCCGCGUUCCCGGGUCAGGAACCUGAGCGUCUCCAACCCGUCCCGAAGCCUGAGGUCUUCACCGUCGGAGGCGAGGUGUUCUCCUGGACGCCUUUUCCACCCGCCCGGGGAGGAGGAGGAGGAGGAGGAGGAGGCCUAGGCCGCGGCCGCCCCUACCGCGUGAUCCCUGCAGAGGCAGAGCUUCCGGGGCCUCGGUCCUGCUCCCCAAAGCUGCCUGCGCCCAAGCCCCUCACGGCUGAUGAGCAGCCGAGUGCUCAGAGGGACCCGGCCCUGCGGAGCUGCCCCAUGUGCCAGGUGGACUUCAGGCCCACGCUGACCCAGCUGGAUAUCGACAGCCACCUGGCCCAGUGCCUGGCAGAGAGCACAGAAGACAUAGUGUGGUGACACCUACUGCCAUGAUAACUACACUUCUUGUCCCCCUUAAAGCUGGACAUUAAAAGUAUGUGUGUGUG